AUGGAGUCAGGGACGUGGGCGGUGGUGGUGGCGGCCGUGGCCGCGUACCUAGCCUGGUUCUGGCGGAUGUCGCGCGGGCUGAGCGGCCCGCGGGUGUGGCCGGUGGUGGGCAGCCUGCCGGGGCUCCUGCGGCACGCCGAGGACAUGCACGAGUGGAUCGUCGCCAACCUGCGCCGCACGGGGGGCACCUACCAGACCUGCAUUUUCGCCGUGCCCGGCCUGGCGCGCCGCGGCGGGCUGGUCACCGUCACGUGCGACCCCAAGAACCUGGAGCACGUCCUCAAGUCCCGCUUCGACAACUACCCCAAGGGCCCCUUCUGGCACGGCGUCUUCCGCGACCUCCUCGGCGACGGCAUCUUCAACUCCGACGGCGACACCUGGGUCGCCCAGCGCAAGACGGCCGCGCUCGAGUUCACCACGCGCACGCUCCGGACGGCCAUGUCCCGAUGGGUCUCCCGCUCCAUCCACCACAGGCUCCUGCCCAUCCUCGCCGACGCGGCCGCCGCCAACGUGCACGUCGACCUGCAGGACCUCCUCCUCCGCCUCACCUUCGACAACAUCUGCGGCCUCGCAUUCGGCAACGACCCCGAGACGCUCGCCCGCGGCCUCCCCGACAACGCCUUCGCCUCCUCCUUCGACCGCGCCACCGAGGCCACGCUCAACCGCUUCAUCCUCCCCGAGUGCGUCUGGCGCUGCAAGCGCUGGCUCGGCCUCGGCAUGGAGACCACGCUCGCCAGCAGCAUGGCGCACGUCGACCGCUACCUCGCCGCCGUCAUCAAGGCCCGCAAGCUCGAGCUCGCUGACAACCACAACGACACGACGUCCGCCACGCCGCACGACGACCUCCUCUCGCGCUUCAUGCGCAAGGGCACAUACUCCGACGACUCCCUGCAGCACGUCGCGCUCAACUUCAUCCUCGCCGGCCGCGACACCUCCUCCGUCGCCCUCUCCUGGUUCUUCUGGCUCGUCUCCACCCACCCCGCCGCGGAACGCAGCAUCGUGCGCGAGCUCUGCGCCGUCCUGGCGGCGUCCCGCGGCGCCGACGACCCGGCAUCGUGGCUCGCGUCCCCGCUCGCCUUCGAGGAGCUCGACCGCCUCGUGUACCUCAAAGCCGCUCUCUCAGAGACCCUCCGCCUAUACCCGUCCGUGCCGGAGGACUCCAAGCACGUCGUCGCCGACGACGUCCUCCCCGAUGGCACCUUCGUGCCGGCGGGCUCCUCCAUCACCUACUCCAUCUACUCGGCGGGGCGCAUGAAGUCCGUGUGGGGCGAGGACUGCCUCGAGUUCCGCCCGGAGCGCUGGCUGUCGGCCGACGGCGCCAGGUUCGAGCCGCACGACUCCUACAGGUUCGUGGCCUUCAACGCCGGGCCGCGCAUAUGCCUCGGCAAGGACCUCGCCUACCUGCAGAUGAGGAACAUCGCCGGGAGCGUGCUCCUCCGCCACCGCCUCGCCGUCGCGCCGGGCCACCGCGUCGAGCAGAAGAUGUCGCUCACGCUCUUCAUGAAGCACGGGCUCCGGAUGGAGGUGCGCCCGCGCGACCUCGCCCCGAUCCUCGACGACCUCCACGUUGUCGCCGCCGCCGCCGUUGCCGCGUCGACGCCGGCCAUCGCGGCCUGCGCGUAG